CUCUUAUCUGGUCACGCACCUCUCCCAAAAUGUUCCCACUGCUCGCGCGCUCGGCGUGCGCGCGCACAGGACUCGGCGUGGGUGUCGGUGUGCGGCGUCUGGCUCCGCUAUCCCGCCUAUCAACACAGGCGAAGCGUACCGUGCCGAAGACAUCGCUCCUUCGCGCACACAUCCUGCCGCGCCGCUCCCUCGCCGACACACCUUCCCCACUCAGGUCCUCCUCCUCCCUCACGUCCUCCUCUUCCUCGCCCACGUCCACUGCGGCCACUGCCGCCCCCGCCCCGCCCCCAACAGCCUUCGACCGCUUCAUCCCCACCUGGGCCGCAGGCCUCAAGCCCUACCUCUAUCUUCUGCGAUGGGACAAGCCGAUCGGGGCCCUCCUCCUCUACUGGCCCGGCGCAUGGGCGAUAACUAUGGCGAGCACAGCGACACACGCCCCCCUAUCCACGCCGCUAUGGUACCUGGCGCUCUUCGGUGUCGGCGCAAUGGUGAUGCGCGGCGCCGGCUGCAUCAUCAACGACAUGUGGGACUCGAAAGUCGACGCGAAGGUCGAGCGUACAGCUACGCGCCCCCUCGCGGCCGGCACGGUCACGCACACCGCCGCGACCGUGUUCCUCGCGAGCCAGCUUACGCUCGGCCUCGGCGUGCUCACCCAACUCAACAUGUACUCGAUCGCGCUCGGCGCCGCCUCCCUCCCCCUCAUCUUCGUGUAUCCGUUCAUGAAGCGCGUCACGUACUAUCCCCAGAUCGUGCUGGGGUUGUGUUUCGAGUGGGGCGCACUGCUCGGGUGGAGCGCGGUCGCGGGAAGCGUUGACUGGAGCGUCGCCGGGCCGCUGUAUGCCGGAUGUGUGGCGUACUGCGUCGCAUACGACACCAUCUACGCGCACCAGGACAAGCGCGACGACGUGACCGCCGGCGUCAAGUCGACCGCGCUCGCAUGGGGCGACAAGUCCAAGCCCAUCAUCGGCACGCUGUACACCGGCUUCGUCUGCGCGCUCACGUACGCCGGCUACGCGAUGGGCGCCGGACCGCUGUAUUACGCCAUCUCGUGUGUCGGCGGCGCCGCACACCUUGCAUGGCAGGUUAUUACUGUCGACCUUGACAGCCGCGCCGACUGCUGGAAGAAGUUUACGAGCAACGGCUACAUCGCGGGACCCCUCAUUUGGGCGGGCAUGUUCGCCGACUACCUUGCGCAGGUCAUCUUUUAGACAAACUAUGCAUUUUGGGAUAGAUACAGGCAAGAUUACCACGGCGUGCCUG